AAAACACUUUUAAGAACCUUCCACUUUUGUUUUUUUAUAUCAUAUCUUAAGCGAAUUGUGUUGUGAGAUGGGUAAGCACAGAAUCGCCGGUAAAUAUGGUCUCCGAGACAUCACGGCGGCAGAGAUGGAAACCCUAGCUAGCUUUUGUGAAGCUGUCUUGCCUCCAGUACCGCCACCUCCGGAAGAAAUUUCCGGUGAUAGUAACCACCGGAAUAAAGAAGCUCUCCGGUCAUUUUACUCAACUUCUGGUUCUCAAACUCCUGUCCUUCGCCAGAGCAUAGAGCUGAUCACGAAACGAGGGACGAUAGAAGCUUACCUUGUGACUAGGCUUAUACUGUUCUUGCUUGCUACUCGGAUUGGGACACUACUAAUCUGUGGAACCGAGUGUUUGGUCUCGAGAUGGCCGUUCGUUGAGAAAUUUAGUGAACUGUCGUUGGAGAAGAGAGAAAGAGUACUUCAGAAACAGUUCAGGAAUUGGUUCUUGACUCCUGUUAGAGCUGGUUUUGUAUACAUCAAAGUUGCCAUCCUCUUCUGUUUCUUCUCUCGGGUGAGUCCAAAUGGCGAAAACUCAGCAUGGGAAGCAAUAGGGUACAAAGUGAACCUUGACGAGAACAAACCUGAAACACAUAAAGCAAGACCUCUUGAGAAAGGGAUAGUGGAGACUAUGAAUGAAACAGAGGAGACUCUUCUCGAAUCACUAGCUCGUAAAUGCUUACAGACUGACCACGAUGUGGACAACGAUGCGAUCAGAAUCAAGUGUGACGCUGUGGUUGUCGGAUCUGGUUCAGGAGGAGGCGUGGCUGCUUCUGUUCUAGCAAAAUCUGGUUUGAAAGUGGUUGUUCUUGAAAAAGGAAGCUACUAUACGCCGUCCGAGUAUCUUCCUUUCGAAGGUCCUGGCAUGGACAAGCUAUAUGAAAAUGGAGGGAUUCUUCCGAGCGUUGAUGGGAAUAUUAUGGUUUUGGCUGGAGCAACGGUGGGAGGUGGCUCUGCUGUGAACUGGUCUGCGUGUAUCAAAACUCCGAAAACUGUUCUUCAAGAAUGGUCAGAGGAUCAAAAGAUACCUUUCUUUGGUACUAAAGAAUACGUUUUGGCUAUGGAGGCUGUGUGGGAGAGGAUGGGAGUCACGGAGAAAUGUGAAAUGGAGAGUUUGCAGAAUCAGGUUCUGAGAAAAGGUUGCGAAAAUCUCGGGUUUAAUGUCGAAAACGUGCCGAGGAACUCCUCGGAGAAGCAUUAUUGUGGAUCUUGCGGGUAUGGAUGUAGACAAGGAGACAAGAAAGGAAGCGACCGGACCUGGCUUGUUGACGCUGUGAGUCAUGGUGCAGUGAUACUAACGGGAAGUAAAGCGGAGAGGUUCAUACUCGAAAAGAACUGUAGUAACAAAGGAGGCAAGAAAAUGAAAUGUUUGGGAGUGGUGGCUAAAUCUUUAAACGGGAACAUAGAAAAGAAGAUAAAGAUCGAAGCUAAAGUUACGGUUUCUGCAGGAGGUGCUCUUUUAACACCUCCUUUGAUGAUCUCUAGCGGGUUGAGAAACCGACAUAUCGGUAGAAACCUUCACCUACACCCUGUUUUGAUGGCGUGGGGUUACUUCCCGGACAAGGCAUCUUCUAAUUUCAAUAUCAAAGGGAAGUCCUAUGAAGGCGGGAUCAUAACAUCAGUAAGCAAAGUGUUAUCAGAAGAUUCAGAAGUCAGAGCCAUCAUAGAGACACCAGCAUUAGGACCAGGUUCAUUCUCGGUGCUAUGUCCUUGGACCUCAGGGCUAGACAUGAAGAAGAGAAUGGCUAGAUACUCAAGAACCGCGAAUCUCAUAACGAUAGUUAGAGAUCGCGGGUCAGGAGAGGUGAAAACCGAAGGAAGGAUAAGCUACGUCGUGGACAAAACCGAUAGAGAUAACAUAAAAGCCGGGCUUAGACAGUCGUUGAGGAUACUAAUUGCAGCUGGAGCAGAGGAAGUGGGAACUCACAGAAGCGAUGGUCAGAGACUAAUAUGCAAAGGUGUCGAUGAGGAUUCGAUCCAAGAGUUCUUGGACGCGGUGAGUACUGAGGAAGGGCCAAAAGGGAUGACUGAGAAAUGGAACGUGUAUAGCUCAGCUCAUCAGAUGGGAAGCUGUAGAAUUGGAGAAAAUGAAAAAGAAGGUGCAAUAGAUUUGAAUGGAGAGAGUUGGGAAGCUGAGAAGUUGUUUGUGUGCGAUGCAAGUGCGUUGCCUAGUGCUGUUGGUGUUAAUCCUAUGAUCACAGUCAUGUCUACAGCUUAUUGUAUCUCCACACGAAUCGCUAAGUCCAUGACCACAGAUUUAUAUCACUAAAAGCUAAGUGGUUUCAUCGAUCCGUGCAUAAAAUUUCGUAUGUUUUUUCUUAGUUGUAAAGUAGUUUCGUAUUCAUCAAAAUUAAAUUAAUGUGUGUAACCAACAUGAUAAUUCAUAGUUAAUGACUCAUCCUAUAUUGAUUA